CGUUCUUAGGUUAUCGUUGUGUGCUAACAUACCGUGGGCACAUUAGUCUGUUUUGAAACUAACGCGAAAGUUGUGAACUCAAGGAUGCCGGCAUUUCGUCCGAGCAUUGUAACACGACACUGCGCCAGAAGUGCCGAAAUACUUGCGGUGCUUUGGACUAUAAUCAUGAAGCACACUUGACGUUAAUUCUUCCCUCUCGUCCAUCUCAUCCCGACAAGAAUGAACCGUGGUGCUAUCCUUAUUACCGUUGUCUUCGUGGUGGUUUGCUCUGCCCAACUAUGUGGCGGAACCAACCGGUGUAUUCCGUUCAGCAGACAGUAUCCUGGGAAACCUCUUGGUUAUCUAAUACGUGUGGAUGUUGACACCAGUUUAGUAUCCAGUGACAUUGUCCUCUCCAACCUCUAUGGUCCGAAGAACAGCCCAUGUCUGUCUAUCCAUACGAAACCCAUCCGAGUGAAAAAGGCUUGUGAUUUCACUUCAGAAGUGGUGAUACCGAUGCCCGAUAUUCAGCAGAAAGAAGUUGGAACUCAUUCACCUUUGGAGGAUCAUUUUGUUUGCUCCAAAAAUGCUAGCAAUCAUCAAUGGGUUCACAUGGGUCUCGAAGCAAAACCCAUUUUUUCCGAGUUGGAAAUUGGAACCAGAAAGCAUUUGCGGUCGAGAAGAAGUGCUCCUGCGGAUGUUGAAAUUAUUGGCUUGAGAGUUGAGGGCGGCGGUGGAAGAAACCCCUACAAUAAUGAUGACGGUAUUGCUACAAUAAUGGCGAAUACGGAUGCUGUGUUGCGGAUUUUUGGGAAAAACCUUGGAUCGAGAUUGAAAUUCAAGUUUGCCUACGGCUUGCCUUCGGAGUUCAAUGAUACCAUGUGCGAUGACUCCGGUAGUACGCGCGUAUUCACGACAGACGCAGGAAUAAACUCGAACGCUGCGUUUUUACCUGUGAAAUUACCAGACAUGUCGAGCUCAGAUGGUAGAUUUUACCUGUGUCUGAAGCAAGAAAUUGCGGGGGUUGGCAUAGCUUGGAAUGUCUUGGGUUCGGAUCCAGCGCUUCUCAUUCGCACAGACUCCAGGUUGCUUCCGGUCUGGCUCCAGUUGCUCAUCAUCGCCAUUCUAUUGAUCCUGUCUGGACUGUUUUCUGGUUUGAAUCUCGGUCUCAUGGCGCUGGACAGAACUGACUUGAAGAUAAUCUGCAACACUGGGUCUGAAAAAGAGAAGCGUUAUGCCCAAAAGGUGAUGCCGGUGCGGCAGCUGGGCAACUAUCUAUUGUGCUCGCUGCUCUUGGGAAAUGUGUUGGUGAAUUCGUCGCUGACGUUGUUGCUGGACGACUUGACGUCUGGGCUCGUUGCCGUUGUUGGAUCGACGAUGGGGAUUGUGAUUUUCGGCGAGAUUAUCCCGCAAGCAAUCUGCUCGCGACACGGACUGGCCAUAGGCGCGUGGACGGUGUGGAUUACGAAAAUUUUCAUGGCGGCUACCUUCCCUCUUUCGUAUCCCAUUUCCAAGAUCCUCGAUAAAUUUCUGGGCGAAGAGAUUGGAAAUUACUACAAUCGCGAGCGUCUCAAAGAACUUGUCAAGGAACACCAAUAG